AUGCAUAGACAAGCACUUGCAGGAAAAUCAAUAGAUGCAGACAGUUUAAAAUCUUGGUUUGAUUUGAAGACCCAAAUUCAUAAUAUGGCAGAGGCAGAGAAAGAAAGUGACAGUGAGAUAGAUAGGAUGGAAGAGUGUGAAGGGGAAGAAAAUGAUAAUGGUGGUGCAUUGAGUGAUUCACAUAUGUCAAAUGCAUCUCUGGCUGAGCUAAACAUGUUGCUUGUGUUGCUUUCGUUAUUCUACUUCUCAAAGGACGAGUGCAUAGAAUGUGAGGAGAGUGAACAGAAGAUAAUAAAAGAUGAGGUUGCUGCAACUAGAACAUGCAUAUCAAGAUUACGAAGUAAGAAACGAGCGAGACAUGAGCCUAAGCUUGGGAAAAAACCAGUUUCAUCAAGAUUUCAAACUAGCGUAAAAGACUCCAGGCAUGGAAGAAAAAUGUGA